UAACACGUUGCGGAGGACGAGUAGCCUUGAUGCCGAUGCCGGCCGAAUACCACGAGGGCCACGGUAACCACGAGAACGCCAAUUUCGCUCUCGGGUCCACGCAGGACGCCAACAACAUGACGGCCAACAUGUACCGGGUGGGAGAUUACGUGUAUUUUGAGACCUCCACCUCGUCACCGUAUCAAAUUAGGAGGAUAGAAGAAUUAAAUAAGACUGCGAGCGGCAAUGUGGAGGCAAAAGUCAUGUGCUUUUUCAGGCGGAGGGACUUGCCUUCUACCUUAAUUAUGCUCGCUGACAAACAUCAAUUGGCAAGCGCGGAGCAGCAGAGGUCAGAAUCCCCUGCGAGCACGCAGAAUCUGAAACUCGAGAAUCCCGACACUACUAAGGAAAUGACUAGUAAAGAUGGGAUCGGGCCCAAAGUGAUGAUCAAAGGGGGCGGGAAAGGGGGCUGGCUGAAGGCCCCAUUAUCGGAGGCCCAAGAGCCCCAUGGGAUGGAAGAAAGCGUUCCUGGAGGAGUAACGGAAUUAAGUUCCAAGCAACGUCACCAAAUGAAACAUAGAGAACUCUUUUUAUCGCGACAAGUGGAGACUAUGCCAGCCACUCAUAUUAGAGGCAAAUGCUGUGUGACGUUACUAAACGAAACCGAAUCCUUACUGAGCUAUUUAAAUAAGGAGGAUUCAUUUUUUUACUGCUUAGUAUUUGAUCCUACUCAACGUACUUUAUUAGCUGAUAAAGGCGAAAUUAGAGUUGGUAGUAGAUAUCAAGCAACGGACAUACCAGCGGUAUUAACGUCCUCUGAGAGAGAAGGGGAUACUCGCAGAUCACAAGAUUUGGAAACACUGGUGUGGACCCCCCGACACAAUUUGACAGAUCGUCAGAUUGAUCAAUUUCUUGUUGUCAGCAGAUCUGUAGGCACAUUCGCAAGAGCCUUAGACUGUUCAUCCUCCAUUAAACAACCCUCUUUGCACAUGUCCGCCGCUGCUGCAUCUAGAGAUAUUACCUUGUUCCACGCGAUGGAUACCUUGCAUCAGCAUACUUAUGACUUGGCGAAAGCCGUAGCAUCCUUAGUACCUAGUACCGGUCCCGUGCUAUGCAGAGACGAAAUGGAAGAGUGGAGCGCGUCCGAGGCGAACCUGUUUGAAGAGGCGCUCGAGAAAUAUGGCAAGGACUUUGCUGACAUCCGAGCAGAUUUUUUACCAUGGAAGUCCCUGAAAAAUGUGAUCGAAUACUAUUAUAUGUGGAAAACGACGGACCGAUACGUUCAGCAGAAACGAGUGAAAGCAGUGGAAGCGGAGAGUAAAUUGAAGCAAGUCUACAUACCAAAUUACAACAAGACUCCAACAUCUACUACUCCUUCCACGACGAUUGUACCUCUGGGCAACAGUAACAGCAACAGUAACGGAAAGCCAACCAGCGUUUUGAACGGUAACAGUAACGGUAACAUGGUCACCGAUAAUUCCGGGAUACUUAUAGUCGGAGUCGGCGGAAAACCGUGCGAGAGCUGUCAGGUCGUCCAAAGCCCGCAGUGGUACGCUUGGGGACCAUCUCACAUGCAGUGUCGUCUGUGUCAAUCAUGUUGGACAUAUUGGAAAAAAUAUGGGGGACUCAAGGUACCUUCACGCAUCGAUGAUGCCGACCUCGAAAGGAAACGCACCGGCGCAGGAUCCGAUGAGGAGAGCAAAGCAAUUAGUGGUGCACAUAGGCCGCAUCGGUGUAGCAUUCCUACUUGUGGUAAAGAGUUCAAGUUGAAGGCCCACUUGAGCCGCCACUACGCUAGCGCGCACGGAGUGGACUUGCGUGGCGCCACUGGAAGCGGCGGCGGCGGCAGCGGCUCGCCACGACCGGUCAUGAAGACGCGCUCCGCGUUCUACCUGCGUACCUCGAUGUUGGCGCGUGCCGCGCGACGACUUUGCGCCGCGCAAUUGCGCACACGUCAUGCCGCACGUGCGCCACAUCAGCCGGUAAAUGCCACACCAUUACGACAUUUAUGUGCUCAGUUGACUCCCAAGAGUCCCAACGAACUUCGUAUUCUGUCGCGCGCCGUACGGCCCCGACCGCGUCCUCGAGUGGCCGAUAUAGCUUCGCGUCUUGGCGAUCAUCCCGCGCCACGACAACCCGGCGACUGGGAUUGGCUAACACUGACCACCCCGGCACAGCGUAAGCAGCCAGAUCGAGUCUUCUUUCCACGUCCACCAAAGGCACCAGAUGGCAGUUUGUUAUACGAGAGGGUACCGAAUAAACCUGAAGUGGAUAGGCUGACGUUGACGCCACCGCAGCCGCAGCCGCAGCCUGUUAUCCCAGUACAGCAGAAUAUCAUGAAACGCCCAAGAUUUGAUGAAAUCAAUGGUUCGGAUGGUAUUGCCCUGAGUACGGGGAUUUCUGGUACACCUCCCGCGAAAAGAGCUCAUCACUCGCAGCAACUGCACCAGAAACACACGCUGGAGCAUCCUACGCCCGCUGUUCUUCCACUCGCACCCCCUUUGAAUGGCAGAGCCACUCAUCCACAUCCGUUGUCCCAUGGUCCACCGUUGUCCAGAAGCAACGCGCGUAAACAAGUUAUCUCGUGGAUGGAUGCCCCCGAUGACGUCUACUUCCGCGCCAACGAGCCAAUCAAGCGAGCCAGAAGAGGUCUAUCUUCAGUAGAACUGCGAAGAGCGGCGCGCAAACCCUGGCGCAAAUUGUCAAUCCCCUUACAUCCGCCCCAUCUGCAGAGGACAGUGCGCGGCGAGGACAUGGUCGUCGUCUUGGACUGAAUUCGCAAUACAAUCAGAACCAAUAUUAUAGAUUGGUUUAUUAUGCGCGAGGCACACAAACACGACGCUGUUAUUGUAAUUUUUAACGCCAGAGUGAAGGUAUGCGGAAGUCACAGCUUUGUGUAUCGUCUUCGGCAGCUCCGGACAAUUAAACGGAGAUCGUUAACUAAAAGCGUAAAGAGAUCAUGGAUGCUCCCUAUGGGAUUUCCUUUUCUUUUUGAGAAGCGGGCAAGUCGCUUGCGCCGUUAUCGCAAGGUCUCGCUUGAACUUUAUACGUUAACGACAACAACCGUGGAUAACAUCGUUGAAUUAUGACAUUUCAUUAAUAAAGCAAUGGAAGAAUCAAUGUUUUGCGAACUAAGUCAUUCAACAUGGAAACACGAUUUUCUAUUCGUAUUAAUUAAUUAUUGUUGUUAUUAAUAAUAAUUAUUAAUAAUUGAAUGUACAUAUACAUACAUUGUAUUACACAAUCGGACAACGCGACACCACAAUUGAUCGCAUACACACAUUAUACGUACAGACACGGUGUACACACAUAGAUUCACCUAGGUAUUGAGACGCUCGUUAAAUUACCAUCGUUAAAUUUCAUUCUAACGAUGGUAAAAAGAUCGACGCAUACCUGCGAAUAAGCUCAUGAAUAGCUGCGUUCAGAAGGCAAUGGUUGUGCCGUCGAAACAAGUUUCGAGCAGAGUGAUUCGGAUUGACGAGUACAUUCUACAACAUUUUUCAAAAUGAUUCCACUCUCCCGAUCAUUGUAUCUUCUAAACGCAACUGAUGUUACGGCCGUGCAGGCAACAGAGACGAAUGUAUGAGCGAAAGUGAAUGCAAAAGAGAUUGAAAGUGUAUGUGUACAUGGAUGUAUGCAAGGGAGAGAAAGAGGGAGAGAUUGAUAAAGUAUGCAUGCGAGACAGAAGAAAGAAUGAUGCUCAUUGUGAAUAUUUUUAUUAAAUUUUCAAGUUUGAUGACUUCCGUCAGAACAAUUAAUAAAUAAACAUAAGCAUAAGUAAGAAAAUAUUUUCAUCAGUUUCCUACCACUACUCGUCCCAAUUUCAUAUAAUUUAUAUUAUAUACGUAAUAUCGCGAUCUACAAGGAAGGUUGUAUUCCAUAAAACGUCAAAAUAUAUAUGACUUGUUUGCUUUA